AUGGCGCGUUUUCACCACUGGCUCUUCCUAAAGAGAGGGGGAAGAGACUUCCUUCUGCUCGCACGGACGGAGUUAGACCGGUAUUUGACCCUUUCAAAUGCCGACGCCUACCACAGGGCAUUGCACGAAGCAGAGUUGGGAGUUUAUUAUCAUUCAUCCUUUCACAAAUUCCGACCUGCAUACUCGUACCAAGACGGGGAUAAGGCAGUGGAAUAUUUGAAGUCUGGUUUACGCAGGCUAACACCUUCGGACGCGUGCCUCUCCUCAUACCUUCAGAAGGAGCUAGGUUGCCUACUGCUCUGUCACUUCGAGCGCUCGCCGAACAUGGGAACCCUGAGGGGUGCGUUCUUUAGUCUGCAGCGGGCUAUGGAGCUAAUCUGCCGUCCCCAUGAUUACCAUGGCCUUGCUGCUUGCACGUCGCAUCUUGUGCGAGCUCUGUUGACACGAUACAACCACGAGCACAAGCCCGAAGACUUGGAUGAUGCUAUCAAGCAUCAAGAUACAGUUCUUGAAGUGUUGCCUGGUAUUGCUAUAGCUGAGCCCAACUGGGCAGUCGAAGAGUUCGGUAACCUGGUAACGAAUGCUCUAGCGUCCUCCAGCACUCUUUUGGCCCAACGAUUCACAAUUACAGGCCAACGAGAGGAUAUAGAUGCAGCUCUUGGCCACGCGGAAAGAGCUGUGUCCUUAGCCAAGCAAGCUGGGAUCAACGGUGCAAAGGCGGCCAACUGCUUCACAGGCUGCCUACUGACACGCUUUCGUGCAUACGGCUAUGUGGAAGACAUUAACAACGCCGAAAAACUGGUCGCUGAUCACAAGGAGAUCGAGUAUGCGGCUUCCAUCGGCGAACUCCUGCUAACUGUUUUCGAACGCUUUGGGGAUCGCCAAUACAUUGACUUCGCGAUACGAUGCCUCGGAAAUGCACUUAAUCACUGCGUCGAGCAGCGCAAGGCCGCCUACAAACGACAGCUGGGCGGAUACGACAUUCCUACUCGAAUCUUCGGCGAGCUUUUGAGAGCCCACCUAUCCGCAUUCACUACACCCUUUGGAGGAUACGAAGCAGGAGCAAUGUCACUUGCUUCUGACGAGGAGGACCGGAUCACGUCGCAGCUAGGAAGAGCCCUGGCUAUGCGCUACGAAUCUGCCGAGCUUCGCAACGAGAAUGACAUCAAAGAAGCAAUACGGCUUCAGCGGGUCGUCUUAGGAAGGACAUUCAAGGACAGUCAGUUCUACAUCGAACGUCUGUGGUCCCUAGGGGUAUCGUAUCGCAUCGGUUAUGAAAGGUCACAUCGUAAGGGAGAUAUAGAACGGGCAAUAUCUGUACUGCAUGAGGCGCUCAUUCUGGCCUCGGAGCAGGGAAAUAUUCCUCAUCACGUACAGCUUUGGACUUCCCUGGCCGAAUCCCUACUGCAACGAUAUGCGCAUAGGGAUGACCUCCACGAUAAUCAAGAUUUUGAACAAGCUGUUGACUACCUGAGGAAGGCUGCUACCUGCGAUUUUGGAUUUACUUUCGAUCGUCUGAAAGCCGCGGUAAUAUGGGCAUCAUCCCUACAUAAUACAACUCACAGGUUGAGAUCUAGAGCCCCGAUAUCCGUGGAUAGCGAACGAGAGGUGCUGGAAUUGGCACUCGAGGGCUACAGUCAUGCUAUAAAGUUGUUAGCGAGAGCUGCCUUCAUCGGUGUCAGUGUACCUUCGCGGCUGGCCCAGUUGCUCAGCGUCCCCAAAGGUCUAGCCAGCGAUGCGGCAGCAUGUGCAUUCAGACUGCACGAGUUAUCUGAUUCGAGAAGCCGAGCUCGCUUCUUGGAAAAAGGAAUAGAGCUUCUCGACUCUGGAAGGACCAUACUAUGGUCGCAGGCCGCGCAAGUCCGUCUUGAAUUGGAACGCCUGAAACGCCGAGACACAUGCUUAUCCCAGGAGUUCGAGGAGCUAGCGAGACGCCUAGGCUUUUUCAAUAUGCAGGACGUUUCGAUUGAGGCGAUGGAAUACGUGUCCAGGACAUUGGACCAGAAGUGGGAAGAAUUGGUGGACAGAGUGAGAAGAUUACAGGGAUUUGAGGACUUCCUUUCUCCCAUCCGCUUCUGCAAACUACAGCAGGCGGCGGAACGGGGAGUAAUUGUCGUCGUCAAUGUCAGCCACCACAGAUGCGACGCUUUGGUCCUAUUCCAGAAUGGGGGCCUACAUCUCGUGACCCUUGAACAGAUGACAAGGGAUGCUGUAGAAGACGACGCCAAGGAUUUCCUCGGCCUACUGAAAGAAGGGGGCCAAAGAGGGAGAUUAAGACAGAUACUAGGUCGUCUCUGGGACACACUUUGCAGUCCUGUACUCGGCCGUCUUAAGCAGCUGCGCGUUAUAUCAGAGGAACAGGAACCCCCGCACAUCCGCUGGUGCCUUACAGGAAAGCUUUCAUUCCUACCAAUCCAUGCCGCAGUUCCUCGAGGAAAAGAAGCGAAGGGGAUGCUCGACGUUGUCAUAUCUUCCUACAUACCCUCACUAUCCAUCUUUUCGCGCGCAGAGACCUGGCACAACUUUGCCGAACCGGGUAUACCCUCUUCCGAGCACCAGGUUAUUGAUUCUACCCGUGGAUUGCCCGUAUCACCGUACGUCGCGGUGAGAAUCAGCUCGAAGCACCAGCAGUCAAAAACGGACCCGGCGUCGGCGACGACACUGCCAUCACAGCAGUCAAUGGAGUACAACCCACCCGGCGUCCGGGGCGGUGUUGAAGCCUUAGCAUCGCGUAAUCUCAGUGGUGACGCAAUUGCUGCGCCUGCUACGGAUAGGACACCUUACUCUCUCGCUGGAAGGACGAGUACAGCCCAUGCACAACGGGGCAGCCAAUAUCCAAGGGUGCUUGCAGUGCGUUUCUCCCCGACCUCCAGCGCGCGUCAUCUUUCCCAUGUGGAGACAGAGAUGGCCAGACUCCAAGCUCAUGCUGGUUCAGAGCACGAUGUCGAAAUUAUCGCGAGCGGGAGUUCCAUGCUCGCGGCACUGAAGCGCUGUGACUGGGUCCAUUUCGCAUGCCAUGGUAAGCAAGAUGCCAAAAACCCUUUGAACAGCUCCCUAGCACUAGGGGAUGGGGAUAUACCCCUUUAUCGCAUAGCGUUCGAAGCAGAGGCCAAAGGCACCUUUGCGAUGCUCCUGGCCUGCGAGACAGCGAAAGGCAGCCCGGGAUUUUCCGACGAAGCUCUGCACAUUGCAGCAGGACUCCAAUUCGCUGGUUUUAGGAGCGUUAUAGCGACGAUGUGGAGAAUGACAGACAAGUUGGGCCCUGUGAUAGCUGACGCAGUAUAUGGGCACAUGUUUGAGACCGUAAAGAAAAGGAGUGACAGUCCGGACGGUAGCAAUAGCCCUCCUCAGGAUGGAAACGCUGCGAUCGCUCUCAGAAAUGUCAUGCUCUCUCUGAGGGCGAACGCGCGGGUGAAAUGGCACGAAUGGGCGACAUUCGUUCAUUACGGCUAG